AUGGCUACCAUCGAGGUCGUCCAGCGCGCUGCCGAUGAAACUGUUUCAAGAGUCCAGGAAAAUGUGAACGAAACGAAGCAAGGGGAAUACACGAGGGAAGGACCAGCUGUGGAUUCAUCAGAAUUCCCCAAAUUCGACGACAUUCCCGGACUGAAGAUUGCAGCCAUUCUUUUUAGUCUGGGACUUGCCAUGUUUCUCUUCGCCAUCGGUGUGUUACACGCUCUCGAGUUCACGAUUACAAGGCCUAAAUUUCUUGCAGAGCAAACCAUUGUGGCGACCUCUGUUUCUAGUAUUGGGGAAGCAUUGAAUAUAAAGGAGUCUCUUACAUGGAUCUCGACAGCCUACCUUCUCACCACCACUGUUGCCCAACCGAUUGCUGGGAGAAUUGCGGAUGCCGUUGGCGUGAAAAGAUUGCUGAUUAUCGAGUUGUGGGUUUUCGUCCUUGGGAAUAUCAUCUCAGGCACUGCCAAUGGCCUUGGGCAGAUCAUUGCGGGACGUUUAAUUGCUGGUUUGGGAGGUGCAGGACUGUUGACGCUCUCGUGCAUUGUCAUUACUCAACUGACGCAUGAGAGACAACGUGCCUCGUAUAUGAACCUGAUCAAUGUUGUUUUCAUCUUUGCCGACUCCCUUGGCCCAAUCGUCGGUGGGGCACUUGCAAACUCUGGUAAUUGGCGGUGGUUGUUCCUACUCAAUGCACCGUUCGGUCCUGUCAUCAAUAUAAUCCUCAUCUUUGCACUUCGUUUGCCGCGAACUCCCAGUCCUAUCCGCACAUUUCGAGACGUUCUCACAAAGGUUGAUCUCAUCGGCAUGUUCCUGCUUGUAUCUGCUCUGAGCUUCAUCAUAAUCGCAUUGAACUCUGGUGGACAAACCGCCUCCUGGGGCUCUCCGAUGGUCAUAGGACUUAUGUGUGCAGCUGGACUUUCGUUCUUCUUGUUCUGGAUCGCGGAAAAGUACGCUCAGAUGCCUGUGGCUCCGACACGGUUGUUCACAAAGUGGGAAUGGAGGAAUAUUCCGCUCUCGGUCGUUAUGCGGACGUUGCUCUUCUUCCAUAUCUUUGCGACCACGUUUUACCUUCCCAUUUUCCUGCAAGUUAUAGGUAUAUCGACUAUCGUUGCGUCCGCAUUGAUUAUUCCGUUCCUUAUCAUGGCUGCCAUCGCGAGCACUGCAUGCAACGAAAUGGCCCGUUUGUUCAACGGUCAUGUCCGGUUGGUUUACAUAGGAGGAUUAUUAUUGCUCCCCGUUGGCUUGGGGUUAAUGUCUUCUUUAAAUGAAAAUAGCUCAUUGGGGAAGGUAGUCGGCUAUUCGUUAAUUGCUGGUACUGGAUUUGGAUCGGGCACUCAACUGUCGAUGGUGAUUGCCCAAGUAGGUGUCCCAGCAGAUGAACUCUCGACUGUGACUGCCCUCGUUGGUUCUGCCCCCUCUCUUGGUGGAACAUUGGGUGUAGCAGCGCUUGGGACUGUCAUCAACAACAUCUUCCGUAGCGCGUUUUUUAACUCUUCCGCUGUCGCUGCGUAUAUCACAGAAAGGAAUAUACAGGUCAAUGUGAAUGACGUGGUGGAUACUAUUAGACUUUUCCCCGAGGGAAGCAUUGCUCAUACCGAGGCCGUUAAAGCGUACGUUCUUGCGUGGAGAAGGGGACUUUGGACGUUGGUGGGAAUUUCGGGGCUCGAGAUAGUGAUGUGUUUGCUAUUGAGAAGAGUGGAGCUGGCGACAGGUCGGAAAGAUGACACGGAGAAAAAGGUACUAGGGGAAGUUACUGACAAAGAGACAGCGCAGAAGUCGGAGGACUUCCCAGGGAGUACUUAG